AUGACCAACUUGAAUUAUAAAAGAGGAUAUAACUCUAUAAAUGAUUACAAUGAUGAGGAUCAUAUAAAAAAUAAGAAAAAUAAUAAUAAAAAGAAUGAGAAUAAUACAUCUUUUGAAUCAAAUGAAUUUAAAUGCUUUGAUUUAAAUGAAACAUGUAAAAAAAAAAUACUGAUUGAGAAUAAUAUAAAAGAAGACAAAGAUGUCGAAAAAAUUGGAAUUCUAGCAGAGCACGUUGAUGAAAUAUUUUUUGAUACAAAAAUAGAUUUACAAAUAUUAAACAAAAAAAAUUUUAAUUUGAAAAGUUACAUGGAUAAUAAUAUAAGGCAGUUAAAAAAAGAAGAUACAUCAAAUUUGAUAAAUAUAAAGGAUGGUAAUGGAAAUAAAAGAAAAUACAGUUUAGUUGACUAUAAAAUAUUAUGUAGAAAAAAUAAAAUGAGUGUUAUUGAUGUAAUAGAAAAUCCCUUAAUUGAAAAAGAAUUAGUUGAAGUUGUAAAGAAAGCAAACUUAAAGGUUCAUUGGGGUUCAGAAAAAGUUAAAGAAUUUGAAAAAGAUAAUGAUAAUUAUUCUAAAAAUGAAAAUAAUUCAGAAAAAGCAAAAAUUUACAAAAAUAGUAGACACAUUAUUAAUAACUCAAAAAAAGAAAAUGAAUUAGAUGCUGCUAUUGAUUUAUUAAAAAGUUAUUAUCAAUUAAAAGAAACUUUUAUUUAUUAUAUAUCACAAAAUGGUAAAUUGCUACCAGCAAAUUUGUCAAUAUUUAAAAAAGUUAUAAACAUAAAAUUAUCAAAUGAUAAGAUUAUAAAAAUAAAUAUCAAAAAUAUUAUAAAAGUAGAAGACCAUUUAACUAAUUCGAAAUAUAUAAAAAUACAUAAUUUGGAAAAUCUUAAUUUAAUUGUUAUUAAAUAUGAAAAGUCAUCGAAAGUAUAUUACUUUCCCAUUAUAUUCAAGGAUAAAUUAAAAUUAUGUUUAUUUUUCACUUUACUCAAGUCAUAUCAUAGAAUAAAUUUUAAGGAAUUUUCAGAAGAUGCAGUAGAAUUAAUGUCUAGAUAUAGUUUAGGAGUCAAUGUUAGAAAAGUUUCUAAGAAUGGAAGAAUAUCUGAUUGUAAAAUUUUAAUAUACGAUAAUAUUAUCAGAUUUUUUUCUACAACAAAAAUGAAAGGUAAAAUAUUUGAUAUUUUAGAAGAUUUUAUAUCAUAUGAAACAUGUAUAAAUGUAUCAUAUUUUAAUUUACUUGAUGAAGUUCAAAAAAAACAAAUUAACCAAGAAGAAUGUGUAGUUUUACAUUUUAUUAAUUCAUCUGUACCACUCAUCUUUUCUUCACCAGCUGAAAGAGACAAUUUUAUUAUGUUAUUUUUAUUCUUAAGAAGACAUUGA